GCCGUCAGGGGACGCCAUGUUCAUACUGUAGAUGGUAUAUGUAGUACGGGAUAUGCGAAUAAACGUGUCCAUUAUUUUCCGUGUAAUAACGCUUGUUGCUUAUUUAUUUACGUAGUGUAACGUGUGUCGAGACUGAUUCACGUAUCUACGAUUGAUACGAACAGAAGCGCAGUUCUGCUGCGGUACUGCGCGAGUCGUUCGCCGUGGACGCAUGUAAUCGAACCGAGAUUUGAUACAGCAUUCACAACUCAAUGUCCCUUUGGUUUCUGCAGAAUUUGUUUACGAGUAAAUCUCGUGCUAUUAGACGACCGUACGAUAGUCCACGAGACGCGCGGUUCAUCGUAAGAGUGCGAAUUUCCUUCCAGUGUGAUUGAGUGUACCACGCUAUGCCGCGUUAACGUGUGCAUUUUAUAACCUGGCUAUACGAUCGAAGUACUUUGUUCCGUCUUGUGCAUCUUGUUUAUCAUGCUAUUGCAUCUUUGACGAAACAUUAUCAAUCGGUACAUACUUAAUUAAAGGAUAUCACAAUGUGGCCCACGCAGAGUAAUAAUAAUUCCAAUACAAACUCUACAUCGAGUGAUAAGAAUUUACGCACUCUGGGUAUGACAUCUGCUAUUAGCGUAGCGGAACCUAAACCUAUCGAUAUUACCAGAACCAACGAAUUGAAAGAGGCCCUGAAACCCUACAAUGUUUUCGAAUCUGAAGAAGAGUUGAAUCAUAGGAUGGAGAUUUUAAGCAAACUGAAUGCAUUGGUCAAACAAUGGAUAAGAGAUACGAGUAUAGCUAGAAAUAUGCCGCCUAAUGUGGCUGAACAAGUUGGUGGUAAAAUUUACACAUUUGGUUCAUAUAGAUUAGGUGUGCAUCACAAAGGUGCCGAUAUUGAUGCACUAUGUGUUGUGCCACGUCACAUAUACAGAUCGGAUUAUUUUACAUCCUUUUUUGAAUUACUGAAAAUGCAAGAAGAAGUUACAGAUUUAAGAGCUGUGGAAGAAGCCUUUGUACCAGUCAUAAAAAUGAAUUUUGAUGGUAUAGAAAUUGACAUGUUAUUCGCAAAAUUAACACUUAAGGAAAUUCCGGAUUCAAUGGAUCUCAGGGAUGACAUGCUACUAAAAAACCUGGAUCAAAAGUGUGUCAGAAGUCUCAAUGGUUGUAGAGUAACUGAUGAAAUAUUGCGUUUAGUACCUAAUAUAGAAAAUUUUAGAUUAGCUUUGAGGGCUAUAAAAUUAUGGGCAAAACGACAUGGCAUAUACAGUAAUGUGUUGGGCUACCUUGGUGGCGUGUCCUGGGCAAUGUUGGUUGCUCGAACAUGUCAACUUUAUCCCAACGCUGUAGCUGCGACUUUAAUAGAAAAAUUUUUUCUCGUAUUUUCUCAAUGGAAGUGGCCGCAACCGGUACUAUUAAAACAACCUGACAACGUCAAUCUCGGUUAUCCAGUUUGGGAUCCAAGAGUAAAUGUAUCUGACAGAUAUCAUCUGAUGCCAAUAAUCACGCCAGCAUACCCUCAACAAAAUUCAACUUUCAACGUGUCUGUGUCGACCAGAACCAUCAUGCAAGAAGCAUUUGAAAAUGGACUAACUAUAACUGAAGAGAUCAUCAUCGGUAAAGCAACGUGGGACAAGUUGUUCGAGCCACCAAACUUUUUCGGCAAAUACAAACAUUACAUUGUAUUGCUGGCCAGAAGUUUAAGCGCGGAAGAUCAACUUGAGUGGUGCGGCCUUGUCGAGUCAAAAAUUCGACACUUAAUAGGUACAUUGGAAAGGAAUCCUCAUAUUACUUUGGCGCACGUUAAUCCUGAAGCAUUUCCACCAUUGGAUCCCGAACCAGGCAAGCACUGUUCUAUGUGGUUCAUCGGCCUGUCAUUCGCCAAAAGCGAAAGUCUCAACAUUGACCUCACAUAUGAUAUCAAAUCCUUUGUGGAAACAAUCGAAAGGCAAGCAGAACAAAUAAACAUGCUGAAGGAAGGGAUGGGAAUCGAGGCUAAGCAUGUAAAACGAAGAGACUUGCACACUUAUGUAUCUGCAAGUUUGCUGAAAAAGGACAAGAGGAUUUCUAGUAGUGUGCAUCGGAAUGGCAACCUUGCUGGCAACGGUAGUACUGGUGGUGGUGUGUCGCCACGGAAUACAAGCGAUACAAGCAGCAGGAAAAGAUUGUCGGAUCAGGCACUCGAUACGAAUGGAAAGAAACGGCGAGUCAAUGAGCAGGCGGAAGAACAAGCGGAAAAUGCAUCAUUAGUGGUUCAAUCUUGCGGAGAAGAUAGCAAUUCCGGUUGCAGCAUGGAUGAAUACAAACAGAAUCUAUCAACCACUAAGGACGAAGGACCUACCGGUGCAUCUGCAGUAGCGCAGGAGGGAUUCGUAUGCACUUGAUGACCAUUGCGGGAUUACUAUCUCAUGCCAAUCCACAGAUGCUCCUCUGGAUCAUCUAGACUGUAAACAUUUCUCACGCAACCAUCCACUGCCCACUGUAAGUCCUUCGUUUCUUAAAAGCAAAAACAGCGUCACGCAAUGGAGGAAGCUAUCCAGGUGGAGUCAAUCGAUAGAUUGUGUGUGUUUAUGUGAGAUAUACGCUAUAUAAUAGUAUUUAUAAAAAACAUCGACAGUCAAUGGGGAACAAAACGACGAACUUUACACGAUUGUGCCAGUGUCUGUGAUGUCAUAUCAUUGGGGUAUAAUCACUGUGACGAAGGGAUUUGCCACCAUAAAAGUUCAAUUUAUUAUUGCUUAGAAAUUAGUCAUACUUUUUAUAUUUCUCUUUUGUAUAUGUUGUUUACAUUACACUUUUUUUUAUCGAUAAAUGCUUGAACAAGAAGAACUUAAGAUUUGAUAAUACUUGAUGCAACAUAAUUUUACGUAAUUUAUAUGACGAGCAGGAAUAGUCUGAUCGAAAAAAAAAAUUACAUGAUGGAAAUUUCCGUAUUCACGAAUAUUUCCGCAUGUUAGAAAAAAAAAGUAAAAAAUUAAAUAUAUUCUUAUAUAAAGUGCAUUUUUGUAAUGCACAGUGGAAUAUGCUUUGAAAAUGCAUAUAUGUAUCAUUUAGUUGUAAGUAGCUGAUAAACUUUAUUACUCAUUAACGCAAAUCACAUGUCGUGAUCUGCCUUCUUAGAAAUUUGCAAACAGUACUGUAUCAUUAGCGUCUUAACUGUUUGUACUAAAUAUGAACUAUUAUUUACACGAUACUUAAAUAUUGCUAUUAUUUGUAAGGAUUAGGUAUUUCAAUGCAAGUUGUAGAAUAAAGUUGCUUUAAAACCAUUUAUAUUAAUGAAGGGAAAUAGAAUGGUGGGCUUCAUGUGUCACCUCUCGUACAAUUAUAAUGCAACUGCAUUGAUAAUAUAACUACAUUAAAAGAAUCAUUGACACUGGCAUAAACCCGAGGAUGUUUCAUUUACAUAGAACGCGUAGAGAUAAUAGUCAUUUUAAAAGAAAAAAAAAGAGAAAAGACUUGGAAAUGAAACAUCUCAAAAUAGGCCAUUGACUAUCUUGUUGACGAAUAUGUUGCGUGAAACAGUUUCGUACGGAGCCGACUUUUAGUUUUUGCUCAGAAACAAAGUUAGAGCUUUAACGAAAUAGAAAUGGGCUGACAUUUGGAUGAUUGAAAUCACCUGUCACCAACUGGUGAGUUUUUUCAGGUGUUCAUCUGCCUGCGCUCCCAAUCUACAGCUCUGAUCCUUGGUCCUGAUUCCGAUAACCUUUCCUAUUACCGUCUCGAUUCAUGUGUUAAAGGCAUGUCCACUCUCUCGUAUGCUACAAGGUAUUUGAUGUUCAUUCUUUGGUAUUUGCAAAUAAAACUUGCGAACACCAUAAUGUACGCAAAAAUCAUGUACUUGCAGAGUAACGUUUGUCAAGUCAAAGGUUCAAAAUACAGAAUAUGUGGAAUUGGCAUUGAGAAAGAUAGGAUAAGAACUAUUUCUCGCAGAAUCAGUAAUAUAAUUAUUGACUCCAUCGCGGAAUAUCUAUUGUAAAACGUUGUAUGUAAAAUUUAAUGGCUAUUAAUCCCUCAACGCGCAAGCCCGAGUUAACUCGGGCAAGCGGUACUGGCGUGCGAUAAAACCGUGCGUUAAGGGAUUAAUCAAUUUUUAUGAAUAAUAUGAAAAUCUUGACAGCAUUGUAACACUUUGCAAGUGCUAUGAUUUGAUGUUCAGUGAUUAGGAAUCAUUCCGUUACUUGUAUAUAUAUAUUUGUAGAUGCGCUGAGGUGAUAGGUUUCACUCCUUUCAAGGCCUAUCUUGUCAUUUUAUUUAUUGAUCAGGGAGGGUACACAUUUCCCUGCACACUAAAAAAAAUAAUAACAAUGCUGCUUUGUUUCUUCGCCUUUUUGUGGAUUCACGCUGUAAUUUUAUACCUGAAUCGGAUACCUGAGAUUGAUGAAGUAUAUUAUGGUACCGUGCAAGAGAACAACUAGGCCAGUUUAAUUGAUCUUCAACUUUUGAUUUCCAUGUGUGACGUUAGCUUGAUAUAAUACUAGUAACGCAGCACAUAAUCAUUAUUUUGAAUAAGUGUGAAACUUGUAGCAAAUUCGGUUCGGUAGAUCAAAAUGCAUGACAGAACCGAAUUCGUUAUUAAUUGUUAUCGCACGGUACUGUGGAAUAGUAUAAAAUCAUGAAUUUAGUUUGAAAUAAAUCGGUAUCAUAAUUACUCUUGUAGAUUUCACGUGAAACGGGAAAAUAUUGUUCUAUUAAUGUUUUAUUUUUAGUAAUCAUUUGUGCAUUUUGACUAAGAAUGUGUUGAUUCGUAAUGCACGAAUAAAAUAAAAUUAUGCAGAAGUAAGAGAAAAAUAUUAAUAUUGUUCUGUGCAAGAACUCACAUAAGAUAAAACUGCAUUAUCGCGUCCAUUUAUUUAUCUUCAAAGAUAUCGCAUAAAUUUAAAUUAAUCAAUUAAUUUUUAAAUUUAAAUUAAAUACACAAAUUUGAUUUAAUUUAGGUAUUAAUUUAAAUGAGCGGUUUUCAAACUUUUUCAGUCGCAGGAUCUUCUUUCGGGAUUAAUUUUUUUUGUAGACUAUUGAAUAUUUUUUUCUACUCUAAAAACAUAUAACGUAUUGUAUCACAUACAGAAUAACAUUUCCGAAAUUAAAUAUAUCAUUCAUCAUAUCUAUAUAUACAAAUCUUUUAAUGAUUAUAUUUGAUUCUAUAUAAAAGAAUUAAUAAUAUAAAGCUCAUCAACACAUAUCAUAAAAUUGAACGUCUUUUGUACUGUAAAUGAAAAUACCUCUAGUUUUUGUGCUUUAUCAAACAUUUUUUUUAUUCAUUCUUUAUUAGAAGAUCCAGACGAAUGUAUAAAGCUUUAAAACUUUAAUAAACAAGAUCUAUUAUUUAUUACGUUAUUGAAUAAGCAUUAUUGAAUAAGCAUUCUGCUUGUAGAAUUCGAAUAUAAUUUUCUUGUUAACGUUCAGAUAUAAAGUUUUUUAAAUUUAUGCGGAUACACUUAAAAUUUCCAUUUUUACCAAUGAAAAGAGUAUAUUACAUAGUUAUCUCCAACAGAUUCGAUACUCAUCAUCAAUUUUACUUUAAAAAUAGUAUGACAUUUUGUACAUAUAUACACAAUUGAAUUUGUGGUGGCGCAUAAUGUAUGUUUUUAGUAUAGAAUGAUUAAGUUUGCAAACCAUAUUAAUCACGGUGCAAUACGUAAUUAUUUUCUUGCGCGUGUUCUUUUUUUUUCUUUUUUUUCAUCAAAAUAGAAUCAUUUUUUAGUUAAAAAAUAAUGUCGAUUAAUUAAGUACAUUGCAACUACAUAUUUUGAAUAACGUAAUGAAAUAUAAGAAAGAUACUAACGCUGUUAUAAAUGAUAUUUAUUUUGUCAAAUAAUUCUUUUGCACACUUUCAUUCAUGUUCAUUAUUCAUAUACUAAGCAUAACUACGUCAUGUGAGAUUUUUUGAGAAUUAUCGAACAAGAAUCUCAUUGUGAUAAAAUAAACAUGCGAAAAUUUAUAAAAAUCUUGAUGAAACUUUUUUUAUCUAUAGACUUUGAAACAAUGUAGUUUCUCAAGUCUUCUGAAUCUUUUUUUUUUCCUUUUAUUUUUUUCUUUAAGUUCUCCGUAUGCCAUCGCGUGGCAUUUAUCGUAUUCACAAUUAUUAUGAUUAUUAUUACUACUAUUAUUAGUGUUAUUAUUAUAAUGAAAUUUUUGUCACUAUUAUUGUCACAUGCUUCACAGUCAGUCUCUUUUCUUUAUUCUAUAAACGAGAAUUGCUCUUCCAUGUUAUUUUAAUCUCAUACGACCAAGAACGCCAUAUCGGACGAUUCUCGAUUACAAACGCCAUGACACUCGCACUCGUCAUACAGAUCUCUUUCGCCACAUUCGGUAUCGAUUUUUAUUGCAUAGCUCACUUAUUGUCGCUCACUAAUCAUCUCCACGUACAUUUCUGAUGUUAAUAACUCGCUAUCUUCUAAGUUCUAAAGAAACUGUACACAUUGCAUAGCUUAAACGACAAUUUAGACACGCGAUAAGAAUAUAGGCCGUUGUUAUCGCGAUUACUAGCAGAAACACGGGGUGUACCGUCGGCGAAUUAAAGGCCGAGGAUCCCCGAGCAGUGAACAUCAAUGUUACACUUGUGCGCCAUACCUUAUCGUCGCUCCUUUAUUGAUUCGAGGCUGUCACGCGUUCGAUUCGUACCUCUCUGUCUCUCGAAAAAUAGCUAGACAUGUCUGUAGCACACAUUCUCAAUUUCCACGUAGCCUCUCCCUCUCCUGAAAACCACCACCGUUGGCCGACGUGGGCAUCUUGCAAUUUCGAUAUUAAGGCAAGGGGAUAACAGGAAAGGGGGGGAUCGCUAUCUCUGACCCACAAUCCUACCUUUUAUUAUAUGUGAAAAAAGGGGAGAGGAAACAAAAACGGGAAAUAAGCUGAAGGAGAAACUAGACGUGAAAAUUCAUGUCGCGGAAAGUGCGGACUCAGUGCGCACAAGAUUCUCUCGCGCGGAUCGCGUUUUAGGAUCUCACGUCUUGUAUCGAAGAUUAUUGUAAAAGACAGAAGAUGAUGAAUUCGAUUACUCUCAGUACGCAUAUACGGGAGUUUUUAUGAACAAAUAACUGCGGUUUUUUGCAGAACGAAGCUGUAUAUUGAUUUUAAAAAUUAUCUGAUAUUGUGAGAUAAAUUACGUUUAACGCAUUUCGAUCGUACAUGUAAUGAACGUGACACUCCUGCAAGCAAUCGCGCUUAACGAUUUCACGAUACAUCCACGAGAUACGCUGUCAGCAUUCACGAUCAUUCCAAAGAAUGCUAUUUUGUUUUCUGGAUAUUCUCGCGGAAAUUUCAUAAAACGGAAUGCAUUUUACGAGUGUUGGCCGCUUCGCGACGUCAAUGCGUAGAUCCUUGCAUAAUCGUGAAUGCUGUAAGCAAGUGCGCGUAAUAAUUACCGGUUCGCCGCGCGCCCAUAAUUGGCAAUAGCGUAAAACAAACAAGUAAGAACAUGCAUAAUUUGUAUCCUUAAUCACUGUACACUCUGUAUCUUUCCUAAAUAAACGGAAAUAAAUUUUUCUUUUAACUCCUUCAGCC